AUGGCAGUGCUCUUGGUGAUCUAUGCCACUGAUGAAUUUGGAUUCAGUGACCAGCAAGCUGGUGCUCUAUAUGGAUGGUGGGGUAUCCUCUCAUCUAUUUGGACCAGUAUUGCCAGCAUUUUUGCCAUUGACAACUUGGGCUCCAAGCGCACAGCGGUCUUUGCCAUCGUGGCCAUGAUCAGCACCCGCGGUGUCCUCGUGACCGCGCGAAAUCCCGAGACCUUUCGCUUCUCGAUCCUGGUGCUGUCGCCCAUGGCUGAAGGCUUGCUGCUCCCCGUUUUCCUUGUUGGCUUGAAGAGGCUGACCGUGAAGGAGGAGAGGCCUAUGGCGUUCAGUGUGAACUAUGCCUUACACAAUGCAGGCUUCGGCGGCAUGGCUUUGCAGAACCGUCAGGUUCUCGUCGAGUAUGAUGUAGGAGGCCCUCGGCUUUGGCACGAACGCCAAGUGCUCGAGCAUGUCAAGGACGACCUCUACAUAGUCCUGACCCCGGACGGUGAUGUCUAUGCAGAAGAACUUGGACUCCUCAACUCAGAUUUACGGGGAGUCCGAGUUCGCCCUGGGCCAGGCAUUGAUCCUCCUGGAGUGGUUGCAGCAGAGAUAUAUCCUCUUCCUUUGUUCAGUGCCAAUGCCAUGGCUGGAUACAGGGAGGAGGGACGUCGAGCAGCGGAGAACGAACGCAGAGGAGGAGGUGGAGAUGGUGGGCCGGGGUUGGUGGCCCCUGCACCCCCUGCAGCGGGGGCACCGGUGGGCCCAGUGACAACAGCGGAUCACCCUGCAGGGACCCUUAAGUGGUUAGCUGUGGAGUGCGUUGGCAGCAUUGUUUUUGGGCAGGAGGUGCCUCAUGUUGUGGGUGCACGCAGUCGGGGGGCAAAGCAGGUGCAUACAGUGGACGGCCGUUCGGUUUUUGUGGAGUGUGUGGACGGGGCCGACCUUGUCAAAUUCUGGCAGAGGCCUUCGGAGUGUGACAACAGAAUCUUGCCAGUGGUUUUCAAUGCAUUGGGAAGUCCAGAGAGCACCCUGAAGGAUGUGGCAGUGGCCUGCCGAGAGAAGGAUGUGAAGUGGACGUUGAGCGGUCCCAGGACCGCCAAGUGGUGCGUCAACUACUUGGCAGUUGAGGGUCUGGGUUUUGAAGGGCAUCAUGAACGGCUUCGACAAGUCACCAAAACUGAUGGUUCCUCGUGGGCUAUACAGGAGCAUUUCCAGAUAUCCAUGUUCCUGCGGCAGGCACUCUUGGUUGACCAGCUUGAUGCUUUCAAUUUGUUGAGCAUUGAAGUACAGUUUCGACGAUUGCAAACGAUCGAGUUUUCCUACGCUGAGAAGGCACGGGAGAUGGAAAGCAAGAGUGUGGGUGGCCGCUUGUCGCUGGAGGAGCAAACUACAUUUGGUGGCUUGACAAGACAAUUUGCAACCCUUAUGAUUUGCCCUGACCUCUUGGAGCACGUUAAGAGCGAAACAGAACGGGAGGCUCAACUUUCAAAGAAUUUGAGGAAGGCCCGGGAGGAGAGGGAGGCCGCUCGGAAGGGUGGCAAGAAGGACAAGAAUCAGGCGCUUCGGGUUUCGGAGGGGUAUGAGGGUUUGCCAACCUCUUCACCCCUUGGUUCCUACAAUCCUGACCUGGUCUCAUUGCCCUCGGGUGAGAUGAAUCCCGUCUCAUUGGAGUCACUCUGGGGUCCAGGCGGGCGAGAAGCAGUGCAGGAAUUUGUCAGCGCUCGAGUUCUAGGUCCGUCAGAGGCUCAGGCCACGUUGAUCGAGAGCGGAGUGCGGCGGGUCUACCAAGAUCCUCAGUUCAACAGUUCCAAGACUUUUGCAGGUUUCGUGAUGAGGCUGCAUGGGUUGGGCCUGGUUGAAUUCAGUGCAGAGCCUGCAGUUGAGGAGGUGGGUUUGUUUUUCGUGAAGAAGAAGCAGAACCGUCUUCGCAUGAUCAUGGACUGCAGGAGGUCGAAUUCGUGGUUUACUGAACCCAAGAAGGUGCACCUUGCAAGUGGGGAGGCCCUUGGCAGGAUUCAAGUGUCUGAGGGUGAGGAACUCCAUGUUUGUUCAGCGGACCUGGCGAAUGCUUUUUACACCCUGGAACUUCCUUCUCAGCUGCGCAAGUUCUUUGGCCUCAGGCGCCUGCAUGCAGAGUAUGUUGGUGAGGAGAUCAGGCGGCAGCUCGGGUUGCGGAAAGGAGAUUGGGUGUAUCCUCGAGUGAAGGUGGUGCCAAUGGGAUGGGCUUGGGCUCUCUAUUGGUGUCAGACAGUGAAUGAGCGCAUAUGUGAGAGGAGCGGCUUGAACAAGGAGACACGGCUUCACGACAACUGUGUCGACGAGGCUUCAACACAGUUGCUGGGAUGGGAGUUGAACAAAGCAGCGGAGUUGAGACCCACUCACAGGAGGCUCUGGCGAGUUCGGCUGGCUGUGAGAGAAGUGUGCAAGAGGGGCCGCGCCAGUGGACAACAACUGGAGAGGCUGAUUGGGCACAUUACUUUCAUUUCCCUUUGUCGACGAGAGAGCCUCUCAUGCCUUGGUGAAGUCUACACCUUCAUUCAGCGGCACUAUGGUACAGUCGUCCCUUUGUGGAAAAGUGUGCGAUCUGAGUUGCUGAAGUGGGAUGGACUGGCCCCCCUCAUUUACAGUCAACUGACCUUGCCCUGGAGCCGUCAGGUGUACGCUGUUGAUGCUUCAGAAUGGGGUUUGGGGGUGGUUCAGAGUCAGAUGAGUACAUCAGAGGUGCAAGAGUUGGGUUCACAGGUCGAGCGUUGGAGGUUCAAGGAUGAGGCUGCAAAGGACCCCCGACUGUUUGUGCAAGUUGAGGAUGAGAGGACAGGUUUUGGGCAUCAACUUCAGCUGGAUUCCACUGACGGUGCCAUGCCCCGGUCCUUCAAGUCGGUUGGUUUCUCAGCUGUUGAUCGGAGCUGGCAGGUUGUUGGGCGGCAUGCGUGGAGGAGGCCGGACUCAAUGCCUGUGUACGAGGAGGGGAUCCCAUCAAAGACCUUGCAGUGGGACGAGAUGCUGUCACUGGACUUGCCCCAUCAGGCAUUCUUGGGGCCAACCAUGGUGCGGCUUCUGGGCUUGCAGAGUCGGGAGAGGGACUCCCUCAUGUUCACAGUCAGUUUGGAAGAGGUCACAGACUUUGUGGUGGAGCAAUGGAAGGUGUUGGGGUUCAAGAGCAUGGGCCCGCCUCACAUGUACCGUCUCCGGCACGGAGGGGCCUCUUUCGAUGCCGUGGAGGGACACCGCACCUUGGAACAGAUUCAGACCCGCGGCCGGUGGUUGACAUUGAAGUCAGUCAGAAACUACGAGAAAGGCCUGCGGCAUCACAACAGCGUGCCGGCCUCAUUGAAGGAGUCUGUGUUCAUUGAGAUUUUUUCUGGGACUGGUAGGUCUGACAAACAUGUGUUGGGCCUUAGCAAUUUACGGCCACAUGAUCAACUCAAGGUUGCCUUUGUAGAUGUGACCUUUUGUGCUUGUGGAACUCGUUGGAAGAAACCGACACGCUUUCUGACUGUUUGCCUCGACCUCAGUGGUGGGAUCGCCGACGUGGUCAUCGACCUCUUCCGCACCUGGCAGCUGAAAGAUCCGCAUAGCUUCGUGGACGUCUUCGGGUCAUUGGCCACACCAACACGGGCAUGCCUCGUCUUGACUGAGGCCGCGCUCUUGUUGUCUUUCUUUUUGGCAUGUUCACUGCCAUCAAGUUUGUCCACUCAGCUAAGCUGCUGCAAGCAGCAUGUGCCUUUCGAGGACGAUGAGAGUGGAUUAGCCCAGUCGCCGACACGAGGCGCGUCAUUGCGCAGCACUAUCCGGGACAAUAUGUCCAUUUUGCAUGACAGAGGCUUGUGGAUGGUGGCAGCCUACUCCACCUGCUUGGUAGGUGUCAAAGCACAGUGGCAUCACAUGAAUGCCACGAUGCCGAAAUAUUUGGUUCGAGAACUGGGGGAAGAUGCACCCUGGGGAACUGUGAAUAGCAUCAACUACUGGAUUUGCGCAUUGCUUCCUCCUGUGGUAACUCUUGCCACAGCAAAGUGGAGGAAUUUUCCUGCGAUCUUCCUGGGCAGCGUUGUUAUGUCAUUGUCCCCUGCUUUCAUGAUCUUUGAGGUGUCGAUUCGUGCUACUUGCGCUUGGCUCGCAACAAUGAGUGUGGGUGAGGUGAUUUGGAGCCCGCGUUUCAACACGUACUCAGCAGAUUUGUCGCCAGAUGGAAAGGAGGGUAUUUUCAUGGUCAUUGCCUUUACACCACAGUUCUUGGCUGGUCUACCGACCGGAUGGCUAUCUGGGGUGCUUUUGGAAACAUACUGUCCAGAUUGUCCCUCUUGCCGUGAGCCCGGCACUGGAGCAUUCUGCAGGUACAACUGCCAGGCCGCUGAUGCGCCGGUGCCUUGCAAUGCCUCUGCAGGUCCUAACCUGUGCUCUUCACACCAAAGCCUGUGUGCUGUGCCGGGUCUCUCAGGGUGUCCCAGUAGCUGCCGCGAGUGCAGUGGAUGGUCUGAGAACGCCAAUGGACCCGUCCUGUGGCUUUGGGUCACCAUCCUCUCGGUGAUUGGCCCCUUGCUGUUGCUCCUCUUGCGAAGCAGUGCAUGGCAUGCCCCUUGGUGA